AUGUCAGUGUUGAAUCAGAGUGGAGAAGAGCAGGUGGAAUGUCCCCUGUGUAUGGAACCCCUGGAGGUGGACGAUCUUCACUUCUAUCCGUGCACAUGUGGAUACCAAAUAUGUCGGUUUUGCUGGAAUCGAAUCCGGGAAGGAGAGAACGGCCUAUGUCCUGCGUGUCGGAAAGCCUAUCCGGAAAACCCAGCAGAUUUCACUCCGCUCAGUCAAGAACAGGUGGCAGCAAUAAAGACGGAGAAGAAGGCUCGGGAGCAGAAACGGCGGAACAAGACGUUGGAAUCGCGGCGCGCGCUCGCCAAUGUGCGCGUUGUGCAGAACAACCUUGUCUUCGUCGUGGGCCUGCCCGUGAGACUCGCCGACCCCGAGAUUCUCAAACGGCAAGAGUACUUUGGCAAAUAUGGCAAAAUUCACAAAGUAGUUAUAAACCAAAGUACCACGUAUGCGGGGUCACAGGGUCCGUCCGCGUCGGCGUACGUGACGUACGUGUCCCCGGCGGACGCGUUGCGCGCCAUCCAGGGCGUGAACAACGUGACGCUGGACGGGCGCGUGCUCAAGGGCUCGCUCGGGACCACCAAGUACUGCGCCAACUUCAUGAAGAACCAGCCCUGCCCCAAGGCGGACUGCAUGUAUCUGCACGAGCUAGGUGAUCCUCACGCGUCGUUUACGAAAGAAGAGAUGCACGCGGGCCUGCACCAGGUGUACGAGCGAAAGCUUCACAAUCAGCUGUUGCAGGCGCAAAAGGACAAACCGGAGGACAAACAUAACAAUAGUUCAGGUAAUUCUAGUACGAAUGCAGAAAAAAGCAGUUCGAAAGAUGGUAAUCAAUCGAACUUUAUACCGACAACAGUGGUCACAUCGUCACAUAUAAAUGUAGUCAAUUCUUCUAAAUCUAAUAAAAAAGAGUCGGUGAAUGGUUCAAGCGGGUCAAGUAGUGGUAGUAGCAAUGGAAAUGGUAAAGAAGCCUGGCCAAGCCUCGGUUCUUCGCCACCAUCAGAUAGUCCCGCUAGAAAACAACCCAGUCCCAAACCACAACAGUCUACGGUUAAGUCACAAGAAAACGGCACAUCAGAAUCUUCCAGUCCUACACAACAAAUACAUCAACAGGCUCAAAAUAAACAGAGUAAAGACACACACACAGACAGCAAAACAAAUAGAAGCAAGGAACCUAGCACAAACGGCCAAAGUAUCAAGAAAAGUAAAACUGACAAAUCCAAACAAAAAUCUAGCAAUAGUAUUAAUAAUGAUAACGAUACCGAAAUAGUAGAUACCAAACAAUACAAUAGCACACAGACAAAUCACACGUCCGUUUUUGAAAAUGAUAAUUCUAGCUUCUUGUCCAAUGAAAUAGAUGAACUCGAAUCGGAUAGACACAGUUUAUUAGAAAACCACGAUUUGCUAGAUAAUAGUGAUCACAGCCUUCUGGAGGACGACAACACACACAAUCUUUUAACUGACGCAAGUAGUGAAGUUAUGAUGAUGCAGAGGCACAGUGAAAUGUUGGCCGGACUAGUAGAUAACAAUCAUUUACUUCCACAUAUGAAAUCCCCCAUACUCAACGGUUAUGGCCUCCUAGACAGAGAUAUGGGUUAUCUAGGUAAUGAAAGACAUAGCCAAAUUAGUCAAGGUCUGAUGGACCAAAAGGAAUUAUUGCUAAGAGAACGCAGCCAAAGCGAAAUGCUUAUGAGACAAAACGAAUUAUUGGCGCGGCAACACAACGUUAUGGUCGAGCCUAAACACUAUAUGCCCUCAUCUACAAUAGGACUCGAAUCUACUAGUGAAAUAUUAGGUGCUAAUUUUCAUCAAAAUCCCAAUAUGCUUCCACCGUUUGGUAUGCGUGUAGACAACGGCCUGGGGUCUUCGGUGGGUGGAGUAGGGACAGUCGGGGCCAGCUCUAUGGGCGGUGGUUUCUUGCUGCACAACUCUGGGCUUAUGCAGCAGAGUCAACCACAAAUGUCGCAAGGUGGACUCGUUAAUGGAUACGAUGCGCCACAGUCCGCUAACGAAGGGCGGUAUUUAGCUGAAAAUAUGGACAAAUUCUUCACGGAUUUCCGACAGGCACAACAGUUGCGACAACUCCGCCACAACACAGACGAGCGCCGUUACCACGAGCCGCACCACUACCCCCAGAACAUGCUCAGCGCCGAACGGUUAGAAAUGGAACACAAACAAAGAAUGAACAAUUUACGUGGCAACGAAGGCAACGGUGGUCGUGCAGCGGGUGACGGCGACGAUGAUUUAGAUUUUGAUCCCUUCAAGGAAACACAAAAAGCUUUCGCAGAACUUAUGGAAACAGAAAUGUUGCAAAACACAGUUCCUAGUGGUGACAAUAUGGACCGUGUACGUAGAUCUCGCCUCGCACCGCCCGGCUUCACACAUAUGAACACAUUUGGACUAGGAGUUCCUCGCCCACAGCAACAAACACAUCAUCAAGGUUAUAAUUCAAAUAGCGCCAUGUUCUCAGACUGGACCCAAAUGGAUCCAGCCAUAAUGUCCACAUCGGUAAACUUCGGAAAAAAUAUGGGCGUGAGCAAUAACGCGAGUGCACUGAGCCAGCAGCAGCAGGAGCUGUUCGCUCGCUUCAACCAGUUGAGCGUGCAGGGCGUGGGCGGUGCGAGCGGCGCGUGGGGGCCCAAGCUGGGCUGGGGCGGCGUGGCCUACGCUGGCAUCCCGCUGCCGCCCGGCUUCGCGCCCGCCAAGCCGCCGCAGCACCCCGCCGAGUGCAUUGACGCCAAGUAG